CCCUUUGUUUACCUCCAGUCGGCAUUGAGUCCUGACCGGUCCUCGGUGUAUUCCAGUUACACCCGACUUAGUCUUCAUUUCCGCGUCUCGCAAUUAUGAAAAUCUACUCGUCACUAUACGCCGCCCUCCUUCCCCUGCUCCUGCUUUGGGGCUCAUCCUCGGCCUAUCAUCUUCGACGCCUCGACGGUGCUCGUACGGUACAUGGCACUAUGUGGGCUCGAUAUGGACGCGCUUCCCUGGAUGAGCGGGAUCAUGGAGUGAACGGGCAAUUUGAUCCGACGGAUUAUGUUGGAUCCAGUGAGCGCAACCCGCCUAGGGAGUUGACGCUACCCCGAGCGCUGACUGGUGUUCUGCAGCAAGUGAAGAUGUUGAGGACGUUUCACAUCCCAUCACCAUCCCUAACCCAGCUCCAACAGGAGACGUCGCCUUGCCAUCGGACUUGCCAGACACUGCUUGCGAUUUUGCGACUGCUACUCCCAUUCCGGGCCAGGCGCAAGGCGAUUGCGCGCAAGAUGGGGCAAAUAAUAGGGGUAAAGGGAAAGGCAAAGGAAAGGGAAAGAACAAUAUGAAAGCCAUGGGCAAAGGCAAGGGGAAAGGCAAAGGAAAGGGGAAAGGAAAGGGAA